AUGAGCAAAUACGGUCUGCAAGACCCAUCAGAGGUCAACCCCUUUGAUGAAAAGGCUCGGAUCCAGUGGCUGAGCGCCUAUCUGAGGGCUGAUGAGCAUUACUAUGAGAAGCGUUUGAUAGAGAGAUACCGCUUAGCCGUCAAAGUCGUCAGCGCCAAGUUGCAUGAGAAGGCGACAGAACAAGGCAUUGAGGCCCAUGAUGUGGGCAGGGUAUUCUUUGAGUACUUUGUCGACAAAACUGUCUGGAUGGACAUCUACAAACCCGCCGCAAAGAUCGAUCUGGCGCCUGGCUGGCCUUGGAAGGAAAACCCUGACUCCAAGGAUAUGAGCGAGGGCAGCUCCCUCAAGUAUCGAGCCUGGCGUGUUGAGAACAACCUUCCAGUCCCCGAGAACCCCGUUCCCGAUCCAAAUGCUCCGACUACUCAAUAA